CUUUUCAAGUAAUUUUUGGAAGCCCUUGUACGUGUUCAUGAAACCAUUCCUGAAUUCAGGAGACUCACGAGCUUAUGAAUGAGAACAUUUCACCAAACAUUCAGGAGACUCACGAGCAAAAUAAGGUAUUACUUUUAUUUUAAAACCUUUAAUAAAUAUAAAGCAACUAUCAAAAUGACUGGAUAUCCUUGAAUCUAAACCAUCACAGGAUGUAGAAAGCAGAGUUCAAAAUACCUUUGAGAUCGGAGCAAAUGUGGAGAUUUCAUCACAAGAUGACAAUACUUGUCAUAAAUGGUAUCCAGGAAAUGUGUUGGCAACAUAUUUGGUUGAUGGGGUUGAGAUGGUGAAAGUUGAGUACUCCGCACCGUCUCUGGACGAAAAGAAGAGGAAAAGGAGUGUUGAGACACGUGUAUCAAUUGACAGAAUACGUCCUCAACCACCACCUGAGAGACCUGGAGCGAAGAAAAGUUAUGAGCUAAUGGAUGACGUAGAGGUGUUCGACAAUGGUGCCUGGUGCGCUGGAAAAGUUAAAGUCAUUUUGUUUGAUGGCACGUGUUUUGUCUCUUUGAACAAUUCUACUGAACAAAUUUACUUCAACCAUUCUGAGAUGCGAAAACCAAGAAAAUGGGUAGAUGGUGUUUGGAAGAUGACAGAAAAGGUAAAACAAAUGCCUUGGAUAACUUGAAUUGAAAAAUAAUGUCAUUUGUUUAAUAUCUCGGUAUUGUUUUUCAGAUAGAAGAAGAGCAGACGCAGAGUGUGAAUCCAAGUGAAGGAGAUGGUGAUAAAAAGGUAUGAAAUAUUUAUACAUCAUACUAGGAAUUAAGAUAUAAAUGUAUCUGAAUUUUUGUCAUUCAAAAAGGGGAAGGCGAAGGCUGUCGCUUGUAAGAAGAAGAAGAAAGCAAAUGCUCAGCCAGUAGAUUUGCUUCCUUUUCUACAGCGAGAAGAGAAGAGGCCAAUACGACCUAGAAACCCUCCUAUGCCUGUAACACCUGAGGUAAUCCUUCCAAUUGAUCCAUUUGUGACACCUGAAUUUCCUCGGUUUUCAAGGCUUGCACACUGGAUGGAUCUACGGGGCAUAUAUCGUGUACCGUUUUAUAUCAAUGGAAGAGAAAUUGAAAAAGAGUUCUUUCAAAAAAUGGACGAUGCAGAAAAGAAUCUCAACAAAGAGCACAUAAAUGUUGCAUUUGAAAUGCUAAAUUGUAAGAGGGUUGAGCAAGGUGCUUGGUUCCGCAACAACAAUCUUCCAGCAGCAUGCUUUGUACCAGUCAGAUUCUUAGAAGUGGUUGGGUACGCUUAUGAAUCUGUCAGGAAGCCACAUAAGAAAAAACAAACGUUAUUGGAGGGCUGUGUAGGCGAACUUGUGAAAGGUUUAAUACAUCCAAAGAAGGUAUGGCUGGAAGAUGUUGAUGUUAUAUAUGGUGUCAUUGAAGAUAAGUUGAGCUAUCACUAUAUUGGGGUGGAGAUACAAUUGAUUGAUAACACAAUCACACUCUUCCAUUGUGGUCUUCCAAAAGCAAAUAUCAAACGUGCUCUUAAUCAAAUCCAAGAACUGGCAGGUAAAAACUCUUUGUGAUUUAUUAAUUUUAUCAUUCAGUGUAGAAAAAUCAGUUUUAUUUAUAUUGUUACAUUGAUUAUGGAUAGGAUUGUGAAAGUAUGCGUAUCCUGAAAAAAGAAUUUUAGCUAAUUUAGAAAAUAAAAGUUUGUCUCUUGCUGCUUGUGCUUGUGAUGCAUUUUUACAUAUUCAUUUUGUUGUCUGUUGGUGAUUAAUUUAUUGUAUAAUUUUGGGUAUUUAUGACAGUGUUGAUUAGUGCCAUAAAGAUGGAACUUCUUGGUGAAGAGGUUAAUUUCGAAGAUAUCAGUCCAUUUCAAGUUAAGUUUGCAGAAGGGCUUCCAAAGACAAAAUUUCCAUACAACUGUGGUAUUUUUGUUGUGAAGAUGCUGGAAUGCAGGUCACUGGGAUUGAAGAGCAUGGCUAAUAUAAAUGAUGAAACUGCGAUGGACUUACGAAGCAAGCUAUGUUGUGAGAUCUUCGACCAGUUUAUGGAUAAAGAUUUCCAGGAAGGUCAAAGGAAGUGAAAAUGUCAUAUUUGUUCUGUUUUUUACUCUGUUUUUCUACUUUGACGUUAAUUAUCCCUAACGUUUAAGUUUAAGUUUGUAAUGAAUUAUCCCUAACGUUUUUUUCAUUUAGAUUGUUAUUGAAAAUUUUUUAGGA